AUCUCGAACGCCACCAGGUGUCGGAAAUACGAAACAACAAAAUAUGGAAGAAAAAUCUACGGUGCUGCCGUCCAACUUUUCUCUCGGACCGCAUGGCUUAGGAGAUCCGAAUGAUCGCUCGCUUAGGAGAGUCGAGAGAGAAGUUCUCAUACCCAAAUUGAUGCGCGAAAAAGCUAAAGGGAAAUGUACGGACGAAGUAAAAGAAUUUGAAGACUGUUGCAAAAUGAGCGGAUUCAGCAUGGUAAUUAAGUGCCGAAAACAAAACUCGGAGUUAAAGAAAUGCAUUCAAAAUUGGUAUGAAAAUCCACAAUUUAAGAAAUUGUGCAUAGAAGAAUACUUAAAGGAGCGUUCAGAAUAUAGACAAACAGGUAUAAAACAGUCAAUGAAAAGGAAACCAAUGGAGUCAAUGUAGAUACUAAAUAUUUACUUGUAGUAUGUAUAUAAUAAAAUAUUUAUCUACAAAUCUUA